AUGAAGUUCAACACGAGAUUCAUGUUAUUUUCUGUUGCCGUGCAAGCAUACGAUGAUGCACUUGGUUUAAGUAAUGGCUAUACGUCUUUAUCCACAGCCAACUUUGACAUCAAGUUAGUCAAGGAUUCCCAGGUCCUCGCCUCUCUCAAGCCAGCAGGCGAGUCUUUCGACUUCUUGCCUUUCGAGGAUAUCGCAUACAGAGCGGCAAAUGGCCAGUAUCAUAAUGGGGACAUUGCAUAUCGCUAUCGACUGUCGGGUUCAACGCGGUGGAUUUCAGGCGACUCAUCAAAAGCAAGAAGAUCUUUGAAACGUGUCAAGUCCGAUGCGCUUGCCGCCGCUGAGAUGACACAAACCUUACCAACCUCUCCUAUCAAUAUUAUUCGGAAAUGGAUUGAUAUUGACGGCGAUCUCGGGUUGACCUUUACUUUAACCAACAAGGCCAAUCAGACACUGGAAAUUGGCAGCCUGGGCUUCCCGACCGAAUUUAACAGUAUAUUCUCCAACCGUACAGCAGAAGAUAUGGUGGCCAAGUGCUCUCUCACAGAUCCAUAUAUUGGGAUGGACGCUGGGUAUCUUCAGGUAAACCCCACGUCUGGGACCGGGGCAUCGUUAGUUGUUACCCCGUUGCUCAACACAAGCACUCCACUGGAAGCAUGGCGAAACCUAGACGAACCUAGCCUCGAACCUCUCUAUUACGGCAGUCAAACAUUUGAGGGAUUCUACGAAUGGCAGACUCACACUAAAGCCUAUGCUGAGAAUGAGUGGUCUGGUGUCACCCCAUGGAACGAGCCUAGCUCUCGAACUAUGAGCCCAGGUGAAUCAGUGACCUACGGGUUGCGAUUUACGGUCGUAAAGAGCGGUGUGCGUGGUAUACAGGAUGCAGUCAAAGCCACCAACACGCCUGCCACGCUAGGUAUUCCUGGAUACGUGGUACCAGUUGAUCUAACAGCUCGGCUUUACAUCUUUUACUCCCGAAUAUCCGAGGUCGUGUCCGAGGACAACUCCUUUGAAAUAACCCAAGGUGCAAAUGGCAUUCUAUCACUCACCCCAACUGGCUUGGUUUGGGGUCGAACCAAGGUAACCAUCACAUAUGAAGAUGGGAAAGUCCAAACAAUACACUACUUCAUUACGGACUCAGCACCAGCAACAAUCAGCAGAUUAGGCGAGUUCACUACCACGUCAAUGUGGUUCAAUGACACAAAUGACCCAUUCCAUCGAGCUCCAUCAGUUAUGACAUGGGACCACUCAAUCCAAGCACAAGUCCUCCAAGAACCCCGAGUCUGGAUGUCCGGGCUAAGCGACGAAGGCGGCGUGACUUACUUGGCCAGCGCAAUGAAACAAUCUGGUCUAGCCGAUGCGACAGAAGUGUCAAAACUCGAGCAAUUUGCUUCCGAUGUUCUGUCUAAGACCAUCCAAAAUACAGACUUCACCGUCCGCAAGAGUAUAUUCUUUUACGAGCCCGCUCAAUUUCCUGAACACACAUACAAUCAGACUCUCGACUGGGGCAACUGGUGGUCGUGGAAUAAGGAUGAUUCCUAUGCUACGGACCGUGCCUAUGACUAUAUCCAUGUGAUCGGGACAUACUGGGCGUUGUAUCGUGCAGGUCGAGAUAACGGGUCGCUUCUGAAAACACACACUUGGAAGUGGUAUCUCAGUCAAGCAUACAACACUACAGUGACCUGUUUCGGUACGGACUCGGGUGGAGAUGGGCUUGUGGGGUACUCGCGUCUCGGACUCAUGGGCGAGACUGUCAUUGGUGAGCUUCUAUCGGAUUUGAGGCGCGAACAGUGGACUGCCGAGGCCAACUCUGUGGAGGCUGCUAUGAAGCUUCGCGCUGAGGCAUGGGAUACACAGGAUGUUCCCUUUGGCAGUGAGAUGGCUUGGGACUCGACUGGCCAAGAGGGAGUCUAUUACUGGAGCAACUAUUUCAAUCUGACCAACACGGCAACUAAGACAAUCAACAGCAUCCUGGGGUAUAUGCCCACAGUUCCACACUGGGGAUGGAAUGGGAAUGCCCGACGAUAUUGGGACUUUAUCUAUGGGGGCAAGCUACAACGCAUCGAGCGAAUGAUCCACCACUACGGAUCAAGCCUCAAUUCACUACCCCUGCUAUCCCACUUCCGCCAGAAUCCAACGGAUAUCCAUCUCCUCCGAGUUGGCUAUGGCGGAAUAACAGGACCACUAUCCAACAUCCGACAAGAUGGCUCGAUGUAUAAUGCUUUCCACUCCUUCCCUGAUACCUUACAAGGCGACGACUAUUCAGGUGAUUACGGUCCCAACUUCCUGGGUCUGAUGCUUGGGUCUGCCGUGUACAUUGUCGAUGAUCCCGAUGCCGGGCUUACCGCAUAUUGUGGGAAUAUCGCUACCAAUGGAAACACGGUCACCGUGGAGCCACGAGAUGCUGUGCGGCGUCGGGUGUAUGUUGCACAGAUGGGAGUAUACGUCACGACCAGCGCUGGAUUGAUAAAAGAGGUUUCGUUUGAUAUUUCCUUACCGACGUCUCUUCAACUACUUAUUGUUCCUGGCCCGUCCGAUGUUUCUUCUGUUAUUGUUUGGGUUGAAACUCCAGGUACAGUGGAUGAUUAUGCUGUGGUCGGAGAUCAAUUGCAACGCACGAGAGAAGGCUGGAAUGUCAAAUUUGUCUCUGGAGAAGCGAAUGUGGUUGUUUCUAAAUUGUGA